AUGUUAUUUAUGAAUUCCUAUCGCUCACGGGUGUGUGGACGCUGAUUCUUUCAUUUUAAAUAGGCGAUAUUGAGAUGUGAUUUUGUAUACGCGAUGCUUUUGUGUCUCGCACACGGUGACGUGCGCUCUGCCCAGUUAAAUUUGGGAUUUAAUUCACUGUCGGCGUUUCUUCGUUUGUCAGUCUGACAAUAUUGUGACAGGCAGUCGGCACGGUGUUAUGCUUUUUUUAAUACUAGGUCAAUACAUCUGAGACGCACACUCUGUACCGACGCCGUCUGCCAGCCGCUCAACUCCAAAUUGGUUUAUCCAUUAUAGCCGGUUAACCCUCAUUAGCUGGAGGUUUUGGUCGUUAAGGUGAGUUGCCGGCGGCAACAACUGAUUGACAAUGUCCUUGUGAGAGUUGGCGGGGCUAUCUGGCCCUGAGGUGGAAAGGAGGAGGAGCCACCACCCCCUAGCCCCGCCCCCUUCCUCUCAAACAGACCAAACGGACCAAACGGACCAACACAUAGAAGGACGUAUUUCACCCCUCCCACCUCCUCUUCCUUUCCCCCCUCCUCCCCUCUCCUUCCCGUUUUUUCCUCCUCUCUCAGCCUCCUCCCUCCCACCCUCCCCUGUCUCCCCCACCCCCUGCCACCAUGCUGUGGUCACACUGCUGGUGGAGGGCCUGAGGAAGCAGACUCUGGAAGGCAACCCUGCUUACCCAGGGGACUUCUAUCUGUCCCUGCUGGACCCUAAAAACCUAACAGAGUGCUGGCCCCCAGAUGGCUUGAUGCCUGAGAGCAGCUACUGGCAGCUGUGCCCUCCCUCCAAGUCUGGCCUGCAGGGGGGGUUGCUGAGCUCUAGCUUCCCCCCCGGGCCUGUGCCCUUGGUGCCCGCAGAUGCUCGCCUCCAGGAAGGGGGGGACCCUCUGGAGCUUCCUCCACCUCACCCCCAGCAGCACCGGCCCCUGGCACCUAGCACCUCAGCGUCCGAGCUGUCCCUCCCUGGAGCAGCGGCUCCCCCUGGCCCUGGACCUCCUCCACCCCCUCCCCCACCGCCCAAGCGCCACUGCCGAUCGCUGUCGGUGCCAGAGGACCUGUCGCGCUGCCGCUACACAUGGCGGCCGAGCGCCUCACGGGUCUGGACUCCCGUCAGUCGCCAGCAGUGCCAUGGAGGGGUGGGGGGAGCAGGGGGAGCAGGGGCCGCAAGUGGUGGUAAUAUGGCAGGUGGAGGUGGCAUGGGAGGAGGUGCCACAGGGGGUGGUCCCUGUCCUCUCCGAGCCCCCAGCUCCUCCCUGAACUCCUCACUCCACUCCUCGUCCAGCCCAACCUUCUUCAGUCUGGCGCUGUCUCCUGACUCCCCGCUGCCCUGGAGCUUCCCCUGGGAUCCCAGCGAGGCGGCAGGGGGUGGAGGAGCCUGCUGCUGCUUCUUCCCCUCCCCAUCCUCCUGCUCCUCCUCCCCCUCCCCCCUGCACCCACCACCCCCUCCCCAGAGGCGUUUCUCCCUCUCCCCAGUGCUCAUCAGAGACUCGGCAGCCUCUACCUUCCUGCCUCCACCACCUGUGCCGAGCCAAACGGUGGUGCCUCCACCGGGCUGUUCUGCCACAGUGGGAGCAGCCAUGGGCGCCCCAGUGCCCGCCUCACCCUCCUCGGCCUGCAGCACGCCAUCGUCCCUGCGCCGCGCCCUGCCACCCCAGCUGCCACGCUGCCACUCCCAGCCCUGCGACCUGCUUCUGCUCAAACCGGGCCUGAAGAGGCGUCGCGACCCUGACAGGCCCUGUGCCCGGCCCGUCCUCGACUUCACCAAGAUGACACAGACCCGCAGCAUUGACCCCCAGUGUUUGGAGCGAGGCGGAGGCAGGCUGGCCUGCGGUGGGGACGUUUGCAUGGGCCUGGAGCCCUUCCUGGGGGAUUUCAGAGGCUCCUGCUCCCCAGCUGAGGGCCUGGGCAGGACCAGUAUCGGCCCGCUGAGCGAGAGCGAUGAAGAGGGCGGGGAGGACGAUGAUGAUGAAGGAGAGGAGGAGGACCCUGAUGAGCGCGAGGCGGCACAGCAGGCGGUGUUUGAGAGGGAUUGUACAGAACUAGACUUGAACUUGAUAGAAGAAAACUGACAUAUUUGUAAAUGGAAGGCUGUUUUUGUUUUUGUUUUUUUUGUUUGUUUUUUUUUAAAUCCUAACCCCUCCUUCUCCCUCUACUACCAUUGCUCUAAUGCUCUAACCCCUGGGCCCCGGGACUCCUCGCCACCAAUCAGCAGGGCUCUCAGGAACAACACCUUCUCUCAUUGGAUGAGCUGGAAUAAACUGAGGCUGAUUGACGACAACAGUGAUGAUCUGACUACCACCGAUAAUGUUCGACUCAGCGCUGUGACAUCACACUUGGAAUCCUCCUGGCUGCUUUUUUGUAAGACUACUUGCUGUUUGAAAGAUGAUUUUUUUUUUUUUAAGUAAGGAUCUUUUAGAAAAUAUUGUUGGUUGCCCUUGCACCCCACAUUUAGAGGAAACCUUGACAUUUUGAAUUCCAGUUUGACUUUUUUUUCCCCCAAAGUAUUUGUCAUAUUAGAGGGAAAUCAUUUCUGCAUCUGUCCUUCAGUUACCCCUAAACAGCAUUAUCUUUAGCUUUGUCAGCAUUCCUGAUUAAAACCAUUACGUGUUACUAGCUGCAAAGUAACAAGCCAUUUUUAAGGUAGCUGAGGCUCUGUUGCAGUAUUUUCCCAUAAUGUGACUGGAAAGUUAAAAAAAAAAAAAAAAAAGGACUGUCAAGGUAUCUCUUCAACAUCACUGGUUAUUGGCAUCCAGGUGUCCAAGGGAGCUUCCAACACAUUGCUGCUGAGUCGAUCUGCAUCACAUUACAGUCUAAUAGGGCCGUCACCAUACUGCAAUGUUACCCUUAACGCUACACUACAAUCACCAUGCCACAAAAACCAUGCCAAGUAUCACAGAUCAGUAUAGUCUGUGACCUGGCUCAUGAAAUACUACUAUAGUGAAAAUGUUAUAAAAUUUAGCCGCUACUGGCUGCCCAGAUAUUCAGUCGUUACCAGACAUUUAUUUUUUGUCACCAUUGUCCUUUUAAGGCUGCUCCAUAGUGUCCACCACUUCCAAUAAGUAUUCAACACAAGAUUUAAUCAAAUACAGCCAUAAAACACUAUUUGUGCACAGUGAAAAAAGAUGUUUACUUCCAAUUAGGAACGCCUCAAAUUAUUGGCAUGAACUUAAAUGUCCUGUGGCCAGCCUCUAAUGCCCCUAAUGCUCAGAGGAAUAUUACAUUUCAGCACAAAUCAAAUAUGUGGCUCCUACAGUUACUUUAAAGUGACAGGUAACCCUAAAACAACAUUUAACCUGAAAAAACUUCUUGACCCUAAGAAUGAAGGUCACACAGGUAGUUUUGAACCAACUGCAUCCAUGUGAAAAAACAUGUAAUCCAUGCAUUUAGAAUUUCUGAAUUCCAGGGAGACUUUUGGGGAGACAGGUUUGACCUAGCGCUAGGCAUUAUGUUUUUUCUUCACUUUUUAAGAUUUUAUUUUAUUGUUAUGUCUCAAAAAUUAAAUGAAUUGUGAGAUUACAAAGCCAUAGGGUUACCAUGCACUUUAACAAGUCAAAUAUCACCAUCACACAGACUCCAGGACACGAAACCAAAUAUCAUAGCACUAAGUUUGAAUGUUCAGUAUUGCACCACACAGAACAUAAGGGUAGCUGGUCAUCCUGCACCCAUAUACAAAAUGGAAUGUUACAGUAAUGACCAGUUCUUUCCAGUGUUUGGUAUGGACAUUUGUUGGGGCUAUCAAUUUUUUUGCCAUGGCAGCGAAAUUGCCAGUCAAUUGAGUUCAGUUUUGUGCUGAAAACUAACGCCCCACCGCUUGUUAAUGCUCUAGAGGUCACAAUUUUUUAUUAUAGGUUUAUUAAAUUAAUUUAUAUAUUUAUUUAUUCAUUGCAUAUUGUUUCUCUUCUCCUUUCACAAAAAGUACAAUGGCAGCACCCACCAUGACCACUGUUGCUGUAGUGCUUUUAGGCCAUUGCUGUGCUGCCACAGCUGUGUUGUCCAAUGCCGUUGAAUAUAAACCACACACACAACAAGACAAACAGCAAACAACAAACACAGCUCGGCAUGGUAAUGAGGAUGCAAUAAGACUUAUACUUUGGGUUAGUGUUGAAGUAUGUUGCGGCCCUGGAAGACAACACUGAGGGCAGGUAGCCACUGAUGCUGUUGUUCCAUCUGAGUGUUCACACAUUCCACUACCAGUAGCUGAAAAAAACAUGCUCCUGAAUGAAAUCAGAAUGCUGGAAGUGCCAGCUCAUUUCGUGUGUGUGUGUGUGUGUGUGUGUGUGUGUGUGUGUGUGCGUGCGCGCGCGCGUGCGAGUGCACCAACCAGGUCCUGGUUUCCUAGAAGUGUCCUAGCCCUGAGAUCUUAGACCAGGCCAACAUGCAACUAGGUACAAAUUGUCAAAAGGUGAUAUGAUAAGGGGACAUUUUUAAUUUUAAUUGGUAUUUUCAGCGAUGCAACCAUAUGGGAUUUCAGGGCAGAUAACCAACAACAAUAAUAAUAAUUAUACUUUUAUUUAUCGAGCGCAAACAAAGUUACAAAGUGCUUUACAUAAAAUAGAAUAAAAGGAACAGAUUGAUCUGUUUGUUGUAGCUGACAUGAUUGGAUAACAUUCCUCUGCAUUUGUAAAAAUAUGAAGAGGACGAUAUAGGCAUAACAUUUUACAUCGACCAGUUUAAUUUCCCACUGUCAAUACAGUUUUUGUAAACAAACUGUAGUUCAUAAAAAGGCCAGUUUUUACUGACAUUCCUCAUCAAAUAUAUACCAACAGGCAGAGAUGCAGUUCUUAUCAGAUUAAACACAUGAAACAUGUUGCACUAUACAGGUCAACAUGAAGUGCAUAUUCAAAAUAACGGUGUCUACUGGCAAGUGUGGUUAAGUUGGUCUCCUUUUUAAUUAAACGUUGUGAAGGAUGUGACCGGCAAACUAAAAGAAGAUCCAAGGUGCACUGUUCUGUUGAAAAAGCACUCCUAUAUUCCUCUUUUUUUUUUUUAACAGUGUCAAAAUGACAGUCAAACAUUGUCAGUCAAAACAGAUAUUUGAUACAUUAACAGGAGAAGAAAAAAAGUUUGUCUUGAAUGUUUUUGGCUAAAAUGUGACUGUACUGAGCCACAGAAGAGCCACAGGUGUUGUAAGGAAAUGCCCCAUAUGAUCAAUUGAAAUUCCAUUAUCGGAACAAAAGCAAUAAUUUUCUAAUUUAUCACAGGAUAAUAUUUUGGCCACUGAUAGACUGUGCAUCUCUAGUUCUUUUUCAUCAUGUGGCGCUUCCAGCUGCCCUGACAUGCUUUGCAUCAUUGCUUAUUAUUAUCAGAGUUCCCCUGCUAGCCACACAAUGACAAUUUAGCAGUGCAUGAGUUAUGAUGAGUAAUACUAAUUAUGCUAACAUGUCAUUUUUUGGUUAAAUGAAGAACCUGAGAUGUGCUGCCCAUGUUGUGCUAAGUGCGUGAAGACAGUAACAAACUAAAUAUCAGUUCUCCUGCACAGAAUUGAUCUGGGUGCUAAGAUAUUUAUUUUAGCGAACCGGGGCUAGGACAAAAGGAGGCUGGGGUGUCAAGCAAGUCAAGUGAAAAUCUGGGGGAGUCGAGUUUUGAACUUGUGGACUGACAUGGAGCUGGUCGAUCCACAGGAUCUGAGACAGACCAGUCUUAAUCAGCCCCUCCAGAAUCCCUCCAUGAUCACACACACUAGAUUUGGUGAUGCUUUUAUUUUUUAUUUAUUUAUUUUAGUUUUUGUGUGUGUGUGUGUGUGUGUGUGUGUGUGUGUGUGUGUGUGUGUGUGUGUGUGUGUGUGUGUGUGUGUGUGUGUUUUAAAUGGAAGGCCAAAGUGACCUCCGUUUAUUUUUCAUGAACACCAAGGAUUUAUGAAAAUUGCUGCUCAAAGUUGGAGCUUAAAAAUGAUUUGCUUGAGGGCAGGACAGGGAUUUAAACUUUUCUUGUUAAACUUGCCAAAAAGAUGGCAUUUUUAAAAAAGAUGAAAUUGGUUUUAUGUGGCUCAAUAUUGUCACAGAUCUGUGUGCAGCUGUUGAAGGUGGAGGGUCGGAGGUUCUGCUUAAAGCUCGUCUCUCAUCUCAUCUGAUUUGACGGGACACUCCAACAUUUUGAAUUUAAAUGUUACUGUUCUUUUUUGUAAAGACAGGCCUGCCCAGCGAGUUCAGCUUGUUGCAAGCAGGUUGUUAGCCUUUAACUUUCAAUUAGAAAACGCUGGCGGGAGGCGCUCACAGUUCCGUGAAGUGCCAACAAAAUGCACAAAAUGUGACUCGUAUGGAAAAAUAACCUAAAUUUAAAAUGUUGUGGUAGCCCUGAUAAUGAAAUUUGACUGUCUGUGCUUAGCUCAGUUUGUUCACAUUUACAAGUGGAAGAAAUGGGGUUUUGGAGGCAGGGGGGCGUGGGGGGCCACUUGAUGUCUUUACUCAUGCUUAAAAAACAAAAACAACUAAAAAAUAUUGACAGGAGCAGGCUAUGGCGCUCCUGACAGAUUUAAUUUGAAACAAGAUGAGCAUGAAUCAACUUCACUAGGGAAAAUGUCAACAUUAAGACUGACAACCAUGAUGUUUUGAAAUGAAUAUAUUUCAUGAGCCUAUGUUGUGAGGUGACCCAUGAAGGAUUCAGGAUUCAAAUUAGAAAUUUAAUGUUAUAAAAUGUUAUGCAACACCAAUUCAUCUUCUUCUUGGUUAAAACAAACAAAAACAAUGCAAAAAUUACAGUUUGAAUUUGAAUUUGUGUGCAUCAACCAACAGAAAGUAGGACUGAUGCUGUCAAGUGGUGUGCCACUCACCCCCACCUCCCGCGACUCCUCCCCACCCCUCCCCAUAUCAUACCUGUUUGUAUUCUGUUGAUUAGUCCAUAAAAUUCAGCAUAAGCCUUAAAAUAACACAUUCUAUUCUGUAAAGCAAACAAAAAAGGAAAUUACAACUAUGGAGACGAAAUGGAAUUGUGUACUGUAGCUGUUAAAUCUUAGUCAUUCUGUUCAUUCUUUUCUGCUGUUUUUUCUUGAUAUUUCUAAUCUAUAUGACUCAGAGAUCUGAGAAAAGAGCGAGACGUGUUGAUAAUGGUAAUGAAUGCACUGUAUUUGAUGGCAUUAAAAAAGGGAAAAAAAGAAGAAGAUGAAAAAAUACAAAAUUCCAAAAUGGAAGAGACCACUGUAUUUGGAUGGCACACUGUAAUAUAGUCAAACCACACAGCGGCCAUCUUCCUUUCAUUGAAAACCAGUUGUGUAAAGAUGCUAGUUGAGACACUCAGAGCAGGCCAUCUCUUGUCUUUUAGAAUUGUUUUUUAUUGUAUGUGUU